AUGGAACCCUCAACCUCCCGAUCCCGCACCGACGGCGGAGGCGGCGGCAGCGGGGGCCGGGAAGACUGCUGGAGCGAAGGCGCCACGGAGUCGCUAAUCGAAGCUUGGGGUGAGCGUUACGUCAGCGUCAAAGGAGGAAACCUCCGCCAAAAGGACUGGAACUCUGGAAGGAAGUCGCCGACGAAGUCAACUCGCGGCGCAGCGGCGGGCCGAAGAAGACUGACAACCAGUGCAAAAACCGAAUAG